AUGAAUUACUUCAAGGUCGAUCAUUUCACGGGGCUGAGGGGCCUCGGGUUUUUCACCAGUGUCCAACAUGGUUAUUCCGUCCGUUUUAAUCUCCUUUUCCAAGUAGCGCAGUUUCUGUUUCAUUUCAUCGCAGCGGCGCACCUAGCUAACGAGUUUCCGUUGAAAAGCUUUGACAUCAGGAUUCGACUGACCAUCGAUAAAUCACCAGGCGAAGAAGAGGGAACGAAAAAAAAUACGAUUGACAAAAAAUCAGAAAAAAACAACAUGUGUUAUAUUAUUAUAGUAUUACAAUGUACCUACUUACGUGACGAAACUGAACCAGACUCAAUUCACCGAGUUCGGAUACGUUGGGCACACGCGUCUUCGCUCAGCAAGAACAACUGGCACAGAACCAUUUCCUCGUUACGGAACAGCGAUCCCGUGGCUGCGAUUCCCUGGUUCUCCGAUCGAAAGACGACUUGGAAGCCCCCAUGGUCGUCGCAGAUAUUAUUAACGGUUACGAAAAAGUAA